CCGAGUCUUCUCAAAUCUAAGUGACGCCAUCGUCACUUCUACACGCCAGAGAGGUUGUCGUAACGUAUCUUUCUGCCAUGGAUUCUUUAACCGAAACAAGUGUUCAUAGUAGUCGCAAGAGUAACCCCCUGAGAUGGUUUCCAGACCUUUCUCAACGCAAGAGCAGUGUUGAUGCCAACGGUGUCAAGACGAAGAUUGUCAGGUGGUUUCCGGACCUGCAUCAAUGUUGUACAAGCGGAGGGGAGAAGCAGAACCCUCUACCGAAGGUCAGUGCAAAUGGUGAGAAGACCGCCGAUGUCUGUUUGUUUCCGAAGCGUCCGCGAUCGAACACGACAACAAGAACGGUUAUUACGCCAUGCCGAGCAGCAAAUACAGUGAUGGGUGUCUGCACAACUGGCAACCCAGGGAAGCGUCAGUGCCCGAAUGCUGAAGGCGAACAAUCCAGAGAGAGAGACGAUGUACAGGACAUGAGCGAGAACUUUAUUGCGAAAGAAACGCUCCACGGCAGCGUGGCGCAAGAAUUGCAAGACAACGGCACUGAGGAAGAGGAACCUAGUGACGACGAUGAGGAGGAGGGCGAAUCGAGCGACGACGAUGAGGAGGAGGAGGAAACGAGCGAGGAUGCCGAUUCAGAAGACACAGACUCUGAGGAUGAUGAAGGGAAGAACGAGUCGGGAAUUGAUGUCGACAUGUUCAAGAAGAGUCUAUUUGGAGAUCUUUUAGGAGAAGCGAAGCAGAUAAUAGCACAGGAGGUGAGAAGAGGACUGUACAGCAAAUCAAGCAAGAGUGAGAAACCUCCUUACAACUUGGGAAAGCGCGGCAGGAACGUACGUGUGUACAACAAGAAAGCUAAUUACCACGUGAACAUGAAGAAUGUCGAACUAAUUCUGAAGGAAGAUUGCUGCAAGGCCAACUAAAUGUUUGGCAAGGCACUAGAGAAGCACUGGUUAAUGCAAGCAGAAGAAAGACAAAAACUCAGUAAGCAUCGCCACAAGGCUUCAAGUCAUCCGUCAGAGUAUGUCACAAUGAUCAUUGAUGGGAUGGAUCAAAGCAAGACUAUACUGCCACACUUCACUAGGGUUCCAAAGGAUUCGAAACUAAAAGAAGGGAACUUUGUGAAAGUUCACGUGGUUGGGGCUAAGGUGCUAGGACUCUCAUCGAACGCCUCUGCAACUGUUUUCUUUGACAACUUCAAAUCAGAUUCUAAUUGCAUGCUAAAUGUUCUUCAUCGUCAGAUUUCUCAACUUCCUGUACCAUUUCCGAGAGUCUUGUAUCUUACACUUGAUAACACUUCGAAAGAGAACAAGAACAAAUUUGCCUUGUCAUAUCUCGUGUUCUUGGUGAAAAUGAAAGUGUUUAGUAAAGUUAAGUUAAACUUUCUUCUUGUAGGUCACACGCACGAGGACAUCAACCAGAUGUUCCGUUGUUUCUCGAGAAAGUUGGUUGGACAUGGUGUGUUCGAUCUUCCUGAGUUGCAGCACGUGAUUAGGGAGUCAUACAAGGUAGAACAAGAUCAUGGCGUGCAUGUUAGGGAGAUGACGGAAACAAUGGACUGGAAGUUGUACAUUCAGGAUCAUCUACAUAACGUCAAUGAUAUCAGCUUCAACCAACAUUUUCGAAUCAAGCACAACGACGACGGGGAGGUGCGCAUUUGGAGCAAGCAAUAUCAUAAUUCACAGUGGCAGCCGAACGACAGAAAAGGUCUGGACAUCUUCAAGUCAGAGCCAACAGGACAUGUUCAAGUUUCGCCAAAGCAUGCAAUCCAAUCUUUGGAAGCAAGAUAUCGACUUACUUGUCGGGGGGAGGACGAGAGGCGUGACAAGGUCGUCAGCAGUGAAGGUCAUGUCCGUAAUCGAAAAGCGGAAAGAUCUUCGAAAUUCAAGGUUGACGAUGAUGUACUUUCCAUCGCCGCCUUGAAAGCCAACGUACAUGCCCUGUCGCAUUACACUCAACCACACAAUAUCGAAUGGUGGAACAAGUUCAUAGCAACGCAGGAAACUCUCGACCUUGAGGACAAAAAUCUCAAAGAGCGUUUCGCGUAGCCCUCCGUAACAGCUGAUGUCAGCAGAGCAGAUGAAGAAGUUCUACCAACCGCUAAUGGCUUCGA